UUUCAGGUGAGUGCAGAAAUGCAGAGGAUCUCGUGAAUAUUUUCCGGGAUUUCCUGCAUGUUUGCUGUUAGUGAGGGGAGGAAUGGCGACUUCUGGCACAGGAUUCAACUCUCUUCCUGAAAGUGAAACGCUUCCUCCUCUGCCUAUGGGACCACCUGUCAUUUCACAAAAUCGUUUUGAACCCUACUUUGAUGCAAUGACGCCACGCAAUGUAACAGCUCUUGUUGGAAAAUCAGCUUAUCUCAGUUGCCGAGUAAGAAAUUUGGGAAAUAAAACGGUUUCUUGGAUCAGACACAGGGACAUCCACAUUUUAACGGUUGGCAGUUACACUUAUACCAGCGAUCAGCGUUUUCAAGCUAAUCAUCACCCCGAAACCGACGAAUGGACACUCCAAAUUAAAUGGGCGCAGAAGAGAGAUGCCGGAAUAUACGAAUGCCAAAUUAGUACUCAACCUGUGCGAAGCUAUUUUGUUAGUCUCAACGUUGUAGAUGGAUUAGCGGGGGAUGAACCUGCCAAAGAGGAUGAAUCAGAACACAAAUGUAACUGUAGUUGUCAUCCGCCUAAAAACCUCGAUGGUCCAGUUCCGACCGCACAAAUUCUCGGAGGCCCCGAUCUUCACGUGGACAAGGGCAGCACCAUCAACUUGACGUGCUCCAUAAGAUUCAGCCCCGAGCCACCGGCGUAUAUCUUCUGGUAUCACCAUGACGAC